AUAAUGUAAGUAAACAUCUAAGAUAUUGAAAGUAGGCAUUAAAGAUAUGGUAAGUAAGCAUUAAAGAUAAUAUGGUAGGCAUUUAGAAUACGAUAAGUAGGUAUUAAUUUUUAAUGUGCUGGGCUUGAGAUACGUUUCUCAAGAGACUAGCUGUAUGCUCUAAUGCUGAUGUACAUGUAAUCAUAUAUCCACUUCUGCUAGAGAGAUUGUUUGUUGCAAAGAGGUGUCCAAAAUAGACAAUAUGAUUUAAAAUUUACUCGACCUUAUAGUCGAAUUCAAUUUGAUCCGAUUUUAAAAAUGACUUAUAAUUAUGUAAAUAAACAUUAUGAACACAAAAUUCGAUUUCAAAUCGACCCGAAACAAAUAACACGAAAUCAACCCGAAUGAACAACGGUUGCAAUCCACAUGCCAAACCAACCUUUUUACACAAGUCUCCUUUUUCAAAAUUACAGAAAAAAUGAAGUAGGUAAAUUUCAAAAUCAUCGCUUAAAAUUAAAUUUUGAGUUACCGAACCCCAAAAUCUUGUUAUUAACCUUUGAUUUUCAAUCAUUAAGUAACUAUCAUUAUAAGUUUUAUUGUAAUGUUCUAAAAGCCCUAUUAUAAUUUAUAAGUUUUAAUUUAAAAGUAUAUAACUAACAGAGAAGAGUAUCAACUAUCAAGAAUAGCAUGAAGGUAAAAUCCCAAGGUAACUCUUCUCUCAUCAUAGGUAUUGAAUUAGCUCGGUUAUCAUUUUUUUUGUUAUAUAACACAAUUAGAUUAAUACAACCCGUUUUUCAGUGUUGUAAUGAAAUAAACCGCAGUAUGGCCUAACAAGCUUAACUUAUUUUUCAGUUGCUGUGCUAGUAAAAAAGACUCACACAAGAAGAGAGUUGACUGUAUAUAAACCCGGUGAAAUUUCAUUCUAAAAUCAAUCUCUCUUCUAUUUUUUAAUGUGGGAUUAAAUAUGAGCUUUUUUAUUAGAUAAAUGGGUAUGACAAGGAGAGUUAAAAGGUUUACAAUAAUGGUUAAAGACACAACAAGCACUAUUUGAUUCUUUAAAAAGGGAAAGCAUUAAAGGCACCAUUAUCUACAAUAUCCUAAUCAUGCUCAAGACUAAUCAAAAAAGAAAUUACUUGCUAAUGGUUGUAAAAGGCCCAACCAAAUAAAGAUACCAUUAUCUCAUAUGACAUAUUUUUUAAAGCUACUAUCUCAAUCCAAAUCACUCUUUAACAUUUAAAUACCGAGAGCAUUAUUACGUGUUCUAAUCGACUUAAAACACCUAAAAACAAGAGACAGAUAGCUCUAUCGUACGUUACCAAUGGCAAAACAUUUUUAUUCUCUUGUUUAUUUCAUCGCAGUGUUGAGUUUAAUGUCAUGUAAAGGCGUAGCGAAAAUCAAACAUCAUAAGUGGGAUGUAAAGUAUGAGUUUAGAUCUCCAGAUUGUUGCAAGAAGCUAGUCAUAACAAUCAAUGGUAUCUUCCCUGGACCAACCAUUAAGGCCGAGCAGGGUGAUACUAUCAUUGUUGAAGUCACUAACAACUUGUUUACUGAGAAUCUUGCCAUCCAUUGGCACGGUAUUCGACAGAUUGGAACACCAUGGUACGAUGGAACUAAUGGGGUUACCCAAUGUCCAAUCCUUCCUGGAGACACUUUUGUGUAUAAAUUUGUUGUUGAUAGGGCAGGUACGUUCUUGUACCAUUCCCACUAUGGUAUGCAACGAACACAAGGAUUAAAUGGAAUGAUUGAAGUAUCCCUUCCUCUUGGGCAAUCCCACCCUUUUUCGUAUGACUUUGAUAGUAGCAUUUUACUCAUGGAUUGGUACCAUAAGAGUGCUUCCGAACUGGCCGCUCUUAUCACGUCUACCUCUCACACUAUGGAAGACCCUCAGUCACUUCUAAUAGAAGGAAGAGGUAGUUUCGACAGCCCAUUGGCCGAACGUGCUCUACGCUCGAACAUGGUGAUGCCCAGUACAAGUCAUGAAUGCUCGCCUUUUGUCUUGACUGUCGUUUCCGGUAAAACAUAUCGUCUAAGGAUUGGUAGCUUGACCUUCGUGUCUUCACUCAACUUUGAGAUUGAGGGGCAUAACAUGACAAUCAUUGAGGCAGAUGGGCAUUAUGUUGAGCCAUUAGAAGUUCAGAGCUUGUACAUAUACUCAGGAGAAACAUAUUCUGUUCUAGUGAAGGCAAACCAAGACCCUUCGAGGAACUAUUGGGUAACAUCUAACACAGUCGGACAAAUGCAAGGCACUCCUACUGGCUUAGCAAUCUUCAACUACUACCCAAAUCCACCAAACCGAAAUCCACCAACAACACCUUCGAUGGGCCCAAUGAUGGUCGACAGUAUUGCACCACGACUAGCCCAAAGUCGAGCCAUCAAGGCACGAGAAGGGUUCAUUCAACAUCCACCCGCAACAUCAGACAGAGUGAUCAUGCUACUCAUCACCGAAAACAUGAUCAACGGGUACAUGAAAUGGGCUGUGAAUAAUGUAUCCCUCACAUUGCCAAACACACCCUACUUAGUGGCUCUUAAGAACAAAAAACUAAGGCAUAAAAUUCACUUAAUUUUUGACCAAAACCCACCACCCAACUCUUAUGAUUGGCAAAACUAUGACAUCUAUAGGCCUCCUCCUAAUGUGAAUGCUACCUCAAGUAACAACAUAUAUCGCCUCGAGUUAAACACAACCGUCGAUAUAAUACUACAAAAUGCAAACAUGAUGGAUCCAAAUAGGUGUGAGACCCAUCCAUGGCAUUUACAUGGGCAUGAUUUUUGGGUGUUGAGUUAUGGAAUGGGCAAGUUCAACCCAUUGAUAGACCCGAAGAAGUUCAAUUUGGAUGAUCCAAUACUAAAGAAUACGGUUCCUCUUCAUCCAUACGGGUGGACUGCAAUAAGGUUUCGGGCUGAUAAUCCGGGUGUUUGGUUGUGUCAUUGCCAUAUAGAUGUUGAUAUGGCUUUGGGUAUGGGGAUUGUUUUUGAGGAAGGAAUUGAAAAGGUUGGUAAAUUACCUUCCUCGAUCAUGGGAUGUGGACUAACCAAGGGACUCAUCACUCCAUAGUUUACUUUAUUCAAUUCAAGUAGAUAUAUACUCCAUGGUCUCCAAAAUCUAGUGUUUAUGCUACAAAACUAACACUGGUAAGAAAAUCGAGUCUUAUCUCAACAUGUAACACUUUUCUAAGAGGAAUUUGAGUUUAAUUCUCAUUCUCAGAGCUUAAUUGACAAACGUGUAAAAAGUAAAUGAGACAAUUGCAUUGAAUUGAUCAUAGUAUUGGUCUUUUUGCUUC